AUGGCUGGAAAACAACGCUCAAUGUCCAAGGAUUCCAGCGAUGAUGGCGACCUUCUGACACCGGAUGACAUAGAGGCGCCAUCUGCUGUCCAUGAGGAUGCCAAUAACGGUCGCAAUGAGGACGAAAUUACACAUGAAGCUUUGUCGACAUUAGAGAAUACCCAAACGCCGUCUUCCCCGACGGAGGAAGAUGCGCAGGUGCAUACUAUAGGCGAACUAGAGUGCUGUCGCAAUGUUGAUAUUUAUAAAUGCCUAAACAAAAUAUCGGAAGGCACAUAUGGCUCGGUGUACAGGGCCCUAGACACACAAACUGGGGAAAUAGUGGCACUGAAGCACAUAAAAUUCCAUGAGGCGCACUGGAAAGAGGGCUUUCCGAUCAGCUAUUUGCGAGAAAUAUCAAUACUGCUCGAACUGAGGCAUCCGAACAUUCUCAGCGUCAAAGAGGUGGUGACCAAUGGCAGGAAGGACCAGUACUACAUGGUCAUGGAGUACGUUGAGCACGAGCUCAAGUCGCUCCUGCACGAGCGUAAGCCUGACUUCACGUUGUCUGAGCGCAAGUGCCUGCUGCACCAACUGCUGUUGGGGGUGGCGUACAUCCAUGAGCAUUGGGUGCUACACCGAGACCUGAAAACGACCAACAUCCUGUACAAUAAUCGAGGAGUGCUGAAAAUCUGCGACUUCGGAAUGGCACGCAAAUUCGGCCAACCAAUCAAAAACUACACGCAAAAUGUCGUCACGCACUGGUACAGGGCGCCGGAGCUAUUCCUGGGCCAAGAAAAGUAUACCGAAGCCGUAGAUAUGUGGUCAGUGGGGUGCAUAUUUGCGGAAAUAAUUAGCGGGAAGCCCUUAUUCACGGGGGUGAACGACGCGGACACACUAGAUAAAAUAUUUAGGUGCUGCGGUUCGCCCACAAAAGACAACUGGCCGGAUUUUACCAAGCUGCCCCUGGUGAGAGACGGCAGGUUCCCGAUAACCAGUUACAAACCCAACUUCCACGCAUUUUCCAAGACCAAUAUGGGUGCAAACGAAGGGUGCUACAUGACGGAGCUAGGAAUGGACUUGCUCAUGAAGAUGCUCACGCUAGACCCGAGCAAGCGCAUAUCGGCAAAGGAGGCCCUCAACCACCCUUAUCUCACAACGGAGAGGCCUAGAACGCAGACCAUCGAGCUCAUGCCAACAAUUCCAGAUACCAACGCCAAAGUGCGCGCUAAACGUAAGCCGGAGGAUCAAGACGAUGACGCAGGCCGGGAAUCGCGAUUUUUGGGUAGAGUAAACCCUGUAAAGUUUCUCGCACUAAUGGAGAAGGCCAAAGCCAAACCAGCAAGGCAUUGA